UUAUGAUGGACGAACCACGCUUUGCACAACCAAUACCAAAUGUUACCGUUGCUGUUGGAAGGGACGCCAACUUACCUUGCGUCGUGGAGCAUCUGGGCGGCUAUAAGGUUGCUUGGAUACACAUCGAUAGACAAAUGAUAUUGACCAUACAUCGGCACGUAAUCUCCAGGAUACCACGUUACAGUAUCACGUACGAUAAUGCAAAUACUUGGCUGUUGCACGUUAACCAAGCGCAUCAAGAUGAUCGUGGGUAUUACAUGUGUCAAGUGAAUACAAAUCCUAUGAUAAGCCAAGUCGGUUACCUACAAGUCGUUGUGCCACCGAACAUUUUGGAUAUUGAAAGCACACCAUCAUCUGUGGCUGUACGUGAGAACCAAAAUAUCAAUAUGACAUGUCGAGCAGAUGGGUUUCCAACACCGAAAAUUAUUUGGCGUCGUGAGGACGGCGAAGAAAUUGCUGUGGAAAAGAAGAAAAAAGUGUUGGUGUACGACGGUGAAGUGUUGCCGCUGACCAAAGUUAGCCGGAAUGAAAUGGGCGCGUAUUUAUGCAUAGCAACAAAUGGCGUACCACCUUCGGUGUCAAAACGGAUUAUAUUGGAUGUAGAGUUUUCUCCAAUGAUUUGGGUACCAAAUCAACUUGUUGGCGCACCAGCUGGCACGGACGUAACCAUCGAUUGCCAUACGGAAGCACAUCCAAAAGCCAUCAUUUAUUGGGUAUAUAACACGGUUAUGGUCCUCCCGAGCAAAAAGUACAAAACGGAAUACACUGAGAA